AUGCGACGGUGUCAACAAAAUGAGCAACGCGCACAAUCAAGAUUGGAAAUAUACACUCAAGGACCUUCAAAUUUCGACCACCUCAACAACCCCAUCACUCUUCCAACUGUACGAAACACAACCAUAACCUUCAUAUUCAUCAAAGAUCUUUACAAAAGACCAAAACUGUUUUUUUCAAAAACUGCAUCGACUGAACAGAUCGCCGUUACACAUACACAAUUUUCCAAGUUGAAGAUCGGAAUGUAA